UCUCGAAUCUGAAAGCUGACUAUAAUUUUACAAUAAAUUAGUAUUGGUAUUUUGUAGCUUUUUUUUUGUAAACUAUCAGAUAAAUUUAGACAUUACUUGUCUUUUUACUUUCCCGGGUGUGACAACGAGAAAAAGUCUCUCUUGCAGCGUGUUUAGUUUGUCGGCAGUUGAAUUUAAAUUUUUUCUAAGGGUUAAUAUAAAAUUAAAAGACACUAAAAUGACGGUAGCGAAAAAAAAGGAUGAAGAUAGUGAAAAAAAUCAAACGCGCGACGAUAAGCAACUUUGGAGAGAUUUAGUUGGAUUUUGGAUUUUAGGCCUGUGUAAUAAUUUUGGCUAUGUUGUUAUGUUGAGUGCGGCACACGAUAUUAUUGCACGAUUUGAUCAUCAAAAUCAUGCUCCAGCUCCUGAAGAAAUAAAAACCGAAGUAUUACAACGUCAGUGUCAUAUUGUUAGUACGGGUGCAAUACUUUUAGCUGAUGUUGUACCAGGUUUAGCUGUGAAGGUAAUCGUACCGUUUUUACCGUUUUGGGUCAAUACAAGAGUGAUAUCUGCAAUUUUUCUAACUUCAAUGAGCUUUUUGUUGGUUGCUUUUGCUAAUUCUCAUAUGAUAGCAAUUAUUGGAGUUGCUUGUACAUCGGCAGCAUGUGGCAUAGGAGAAUCAACAAUUCUGGCUUAUACUUCAAAUUACAACAAGAACACUCUUUCAACAUGGUCAUCUGGUACCGGAGGUGCUGGUAUAAUUGGUUCCAUUGCAUAUGCUGGACUUGUUGCCUUGGGACUUAACUCCAGAGAUACAAUGUUAAUCAUGAUGUUAAUUCCCAUUCUUCAAUGUGUAGCAUUUUGGGUGAUUUUGCGCAAACCUCAAGUUAUUAAGGAGGAAAACAGUAUCUCAAUUGUAGACAUGACUCCAGAUUCCAAAGAACUUGAAGGUUUAGUGGAGAGAGUAAAAUAUAUGGCAAAAUUAAUGAAAUAUAUGGCACCUCUGCUAUUUGUCUAUUUCUUUGAAUAUUUCAUCAAUCAAGGACUGUUCGAAUUGGAGUAUUUUGAAAAUACAUUCCUCGAUAAGGAAGCUCAAUAUCGUUGGUUAUGUGUCGACUACCAAAUUGGUGUAUUUAUAUCACGUUCUUCAGUGAACAUUAUUAGUUUCCGAAGAAUUUGGGUUUUUGCAGUUUUGCAAUUUAUAAAUGUUGCAUACUUUAUGACAGAAGUUAUAUACUUUUAUUCACCAACUAUUUGGAUACCAUUUGCUGUUGUUUUGUGGGAAGGUCUACUCGGAGGUGGUGCUUAUGUUAAUACUUUCUACAGAAUGUCUAAAGAUAUUCCAAAAUCACGACGAGAAUUUGCUAUCGGAGUAACGGUGCAGGCUGAUUCACUAGGUAUUAUGAUAGCUGGAUUUUUAGCUUUGCCCGUUCACAAUGCUAUUUGCAGAAUGCCGGAAUAUGAGAGACUUACAUUUUCAUAAGAUAUUUUUUUUUUUGUUUCGAUUUUAUAAAAUAAGUUAAAAUGUAUGAUAAUAGUUUUAAGGAAUUAUUUUUAAGAAAAUUAAGAUUAAUUCAGUCAUAAAUAUAAAAAUAAAUUUAAAAAGAUGAUGUCCGACUUUUAAAGUCUUAA